GCUGAAGCUGCUUCGGCCCGGCAGGCACCACAUCCAAAGGCAGGCCCUCCCCAACCACCCGCCGGCGAGCCCUGUGUCUGCCUCGCACCCCUCGCAGAGUGGUAUGGAGCAGGCAGCUGACCAUGGGUCGCGGUCCAUGCUGAUAAGGGAGGCGCUCGCUCGGGCCACCAGGGCCCUGCUCACCUUCGGGCCCGAUUGCACCGUGCCACACCUGCCGAGCCCUCCCCAACACAGCCCACUCAUCUUGGAACCUGCCUGCAGGCCACCGUGCAGGGUCCGCCUCUGCAAACCAUGCUCCAGAUGCGAAAACACAUCCAGGACGCCCGGAGGGGAGACGAGGCCGCCAGUGAGGCCAAUGGUCACCCUCCCACCAUGGGCUGCCACAGCCUGAAGUGCACGUCAGCCAGGCAACAGCCCCCCAAGGACGCGUGCCAGCCACACUUCCCCGGGCA